AUGGAUUCUGAAUUGAGAUUUCCUUCAAGAGAUGUUGUGAAAUGCUGUGACUUUGGUUGUGAUUACUCCCUUGGGGUAUGUUCAUCAGAUCCUUUUACGAGAACGGUGAAAAGAAAGCUCAACGAAUUCAAAGAAGGUCACAGCAACAUGUUCUUGCUUAGAGGCGCUUCUGAUUCGUCUUCAAACGCCAAGUUACUAGUUGAGAACGAAUGCGCCGCUUUGCUCGAAGCUCUCUCUAGUCAAAGAGAGACAGUGAAAGAUCUUCAUUCAGAGCUCGAAGAAGAGAGAUACGCAGCUGCAUCAGCUGCGAACGAGACAAUGUCGAUGAUACUGAGGCUGCAGAGAGAGAAAGCUGAGAUACAGAUGGAAGCUAGGCAAUUCAAAGCGUUUGCUGAUGAGAAAAUGACGCAUGACCAAGAAAAGCUCUCAGCUUUGGAAGAGCUGUUGUAUGAGAAAGAGCAAGCUAUUGAGGCCUUGACUUAUGAGGUUGAAGCAUACAAGGAUAAAAUGUUGAGCUAUGGGCUAAUAGAAGCGGAGAUGCAGGAGCAGAUACUUGGUUUUGGCCUAGACUCUAGCUCGGUGGGUAUUGAUGUCUACCCUUGUGAGUAUACUGUGAAAUGUAGUGUGGAUGAGAACCAGAGCGGAGGAGAUGGUAAUGUUGAGGUUGUGGAGAAGGUGAUAGUUGGUCAGUCUCCAAGGUGGCCAUAUUAUGAUCCAAAUUCGCCUCUAGGAACUGCGAAAGACAUAAAGGGGACGUUUUUCGCAGACUCUCCUAUGUCUAGUAGUAGUGACAGAGUCUAUACUAUUGACUCGAUUCAUGUGGGAGUUUCUGAGGUUAAGAUUGAGGACGAGUCUAGCAAGAUGAGUAAGGGAAAGUUGAAUGGUGAUCAGUGGAAUUCUCCGAGAUGCCAAGAACCGGUUAUGGCUCAGCAAGGUGGUAACGAGCCAGAUAUUGAGAUGCUUUACACAAGGCUUCAAGCACUUGAAGCUGAUAGGGAGUCAUUGAGGCAGAUCAUUGUAUCGAUGAGGACGGACAAAGCUCAGUUGGUGCUGCUGAAAGAAAUCGCUCAGCAUUUAUCAAAGGAGAAUGUUGCAGCAAACAGGCGAAACACUGUUAGCAAAAUGCAAUAUUUGAAAGCAUUCUCUAUAGUAACGGUCUUCAAGUGGAUUGUGUCUUUUGUUUGUUGGAAAAGGAAAGCCAAGCGAAACAAGUAUGUGUACGAGUUGUCAGCAAAUAAUAUGGGGAUGCUUAUGAUUCUAGGCGAGGGAUCUCGAACGAGGAGAUGGAGUUGUUUAACAAAUUCACAUGUUUAG